AGAACAAACUUUUUCUUCUCUCUCGGCCGAUUUCAACUCACGUCAAUAGCUCGCCGUGCCUGUGCAUCGUCGGUCUUAGUUGCUUCGACCAUCUGAUCGAUCACUACAGAGACUAGGUUAGAUUCCAUCCGGAUGCAAUGGCUCCAGAGACGGCUGUUAAUGAUCAGAGUUUAGCAAGGGCUGCGAUUGAGAAGAUGCUAAAGAAUGAGAGAGACAGGAAGGAAGCUUGUGAUGUGGCUGUCUCGUCGAAAGAACCACAUAAAGCUGUUUCACUGCCUAAUCGUUCAAAGUCAUCAACUAAAAAAGAUCCGGAGGAUGAUAAUUUUGCUGCAUAUAGAAAAUUGUCCCAUCCCGUUGAUGAGAGUUUGCUGGCAACCGAUGUUAAGUUUUCUAGUGCAAAGGGAACUAUAGCAAACAGGGUUUUGCAUAAUCUCCUUCGAAGCGGUGACUCUGCUCAGAAGUACUUACAAGGUACUAAAAGGAAGACGCUGGACAAGGAUAAUGACAUCUACAUCCUCCUUGAUAAUUUUGUACAGUUACGUUCUUCAGCCUCUGGUUCUAAAAAGGCGACACAGCAGAAUUCAAAACGUUCUAAAAGGCGUAUGUCUAUGAAGCGACUCAAGAAAUCUGGUGCUUUGGAUUUUCCUGAAAAUCUCCAAAAGUUUGAUUUGUUUAAGCCAAUGCAUGGUAUGUGGGAAACUUACAUGAUGCAACUCAUAAAGGUGACUGGGAAAAUUCAGUUAGCUCAAACUCUUCUCUCAGCAGAUCUUCACGGUGCUUUCAUGUUUGUUGCUGAGAGCAAGAUUGCAUCAUUCACUGGCUUACAAGGGAUUAUGGUGCGCGAGACAUCCGAAACAUUUGGAAUAAUCACAAGAGACGAUAAAUUUCGAGUUGUUCCCAAGAAGCUCUCUGUAUUCAUCAUCCAACUCGACUGCUGGAAAAUCACAUUACAUGGAGACAAGUUUACUUCAAGAGACAAUGUUCUUCAACGUUGAUGCUAAAAUGAAGCUCUUGUCUUAUUUUCUUUUUUAUGACCACUGAAGCAUCCUAGUCUCCCGAAAUUUUGCUUUAAAGCCUUCCUUGUGUACCUAAGUCCUGUCACUCUAAUAUAUUUCUCUUAAUGUUUGUAUGAAACUAUGAAUAAUUCUCCACUGUAAAGAUAAUGUUUUUUA